GCCAGAGAUGAACAGGAAAUUGUUCGUCCGGACAUGAUUCAGUCAAUGAUGGAGACCGGGAACAAAGAUAGCGGACCCGAAUUCGAUAUCGACGAAAUGACUGCCCAGGCAUUUGUUUUCUUUGUCGCCGGAUUUGAUUCUGUGGCAACAGCCAUGUGUUUUAUGGCGCACGAAAUUGGUGUCAAUCCCGAUGUUCAAAAUAAAUUGAGAAAGGAAAUCGAUGACGUCCUUAGAUGGACCGACGGAAAACCAACGUACGAUGCUAUUAAAGAUAUGAAGUAUUUGGAUGCUGUGGUAACUGAAACUCUCAGACUGUAUCAAGGACCAACUUUCAUUGACAGAAUAUGUGUCAAUGAAACCGAAAUGCCACCAGCAACUUCGGAUGGCGAACCAAUUACUAUAAAGCCAGGAGAUACUGUAUGGUUCCCGGGUUUUUUUAUCCUAAGAAAUCUUAUCCUAUACAAUUUUUAUAUUAAAUUCACCAAACUACGUAUAUUUUUCGUCAUAAUUAUGCCGUCAUUUUGUCGUCAUAAAUAUCACGUCAUACAUCUGUGACUUAGGACCGUCCUUAUGACGUCAUUUUUGACGUCA